AGCUCUCGCAUGCUCUCUCGCAUCGCUCCGAGCAUGCUCUCCCGCGCUCGCCGCGUUGCCGAUGCGCCGCGCGCCGCCGCGUCGCUGCGCCACGCCGCCGCCGCGUCGCUGCGCCGCGCGUCGCGCCGCUUCGGCGCGGCGCCGCGCCUCGCCGUCGCCGAACGGUCGGCGCGCUACGCCGAGCUCUCGAGCGACGACGUCGCGGCGUUCCGGACCAUGACGUCGAGCGUCCUCGAGGGCGCCGAGGCCUGCCGGCCCUACAACGUCGACUGGAUGUCCAAGUGGGAGGGCCGGGCCCGCGUCGUGCUGCGGCCGGCGUCGACGGCCGAGGUGAGCGCGAUUCUAAAAUACUGCGACGCGCGGCGGCUCGCCGUCGUGCCCCAGGGCGGCAAGACGGGCCUCGUCGGCGGCUCCGUGCCCGUGCACGACGAGGUCGUGCUCUCGCUCGCGCGCAUGGACCGCAUCGAGGCCUUCGACGCGGACACGGGCGUCGCGACGAUGGAGGCCGGCGUCGUUUUGGGCGACCUCGACGCGUUCCUCCGGGAGCGGGGCUUCGUCGCGCCGCUGGAUCUCGGCGCGUCGGGCACGUGCACCGUCGGCGGGAACCUCGCGACGAACGCGGGCGGCGUGCGCUUCGUGCGCUACGGUUCCCUCCGCGGGUCGUGCGUCGGCGUCGAGUUCGUCAAGGCCGACGGCACGGUCGUCGACUGCGCGUCCGUGCCGCUCCGCAAGGACAACACGGGCUACGCGCUGCCGCAGCUAUUGAUCGGCUCCGAGGGCACGCUCGGCGUCAUCACGCGCCUCGCGCUCGCGGCGCCGCCGCGGCCGAGCGCCGUGUCCGUCGCGUGGCUCGCGUGCGAUGACUUCGACGGCGUCCGCGGCGCGCUGGCCCUCGCGCGGCGGCACCUCGCGGAGGUGCUGUCGGCCAUCGAGUUCGUCGACGGCAACGCGCUGCGCGCGGUCCUCGACCGCGAGCGGGACCUCGACGACCCGCUCGCCGGCGGCGCCGCGCGCUUCCGCGUCCUCGUCGAGUGCGCGGGCAGCGACGGCGCGCACGACGGCGCGAAGCUCGAGCGGUUCCUCGAGGCCGCGUUCGACGACGGCUGCGUCUCGGACGGCGUCCUCGCGCCGAGCGCCACCAAGGCGGAGCGGCUCUGGCGGCUCCGCGAGGGCGUCUCGGACUCGAUGACCGCCGCGGGCUUCGUCUACAAGUACGACGUGAGCCUGCCCCACGCGCACCUCUACCGCCUCGUCGACGAGUGCCGCGACCGCCUCGCGGCCGCGGGCUUCCCGGACGGGGAGGAGAUCAACGUCGCGGGCUACGGCCACGUCGGCGACGCGAACCUCCACCUCAACGUCUGCGACUUUUUCGGCUACCGGGAACCGCUCCGGGCCGCGCUCGAGCCCUGGGUCUUCGAGCGCGUCGCCGCGCUCGGCGGCUCCGUGAGCGCGGAGCACGGCGUCGGCCAGUGCAAAACCGACUACCUCCACCUCAACAAGCCGCCGCCGGCGCUCGCCCUCAUGGCCGAGCUCAAGCGGGCCAUGGACCCGAACCUCAUCCUCAACCCCUACAAGGUCCUGCCGCCCGCGCUCCUCGACGAGCCCUAACACCGAUUCGGAUACUUCUCGCGUCGUCGCCGGCCAUCCUAGAACGCGGUCGUGAGCUACCACCACGUCUUCGUCCACGCUUCAUCACCGCCAUCCGGCCUCGGGUCGAAAGAGCAGAGCAAUUGCAGAGCACGGGGAGCCAGAUUUUCGGACACGAUAUUAUUAUGGCAGCCCCGACCCGCGCGGAGCUCGACACGAUGCUCGCGACGGUGCUGGCCGUCGGCGGCCCCCACUCCCUCGAGAUCAAGGCGACGGCGCUCCUCUGCUUCGGCUACGUCGACGCGGCCGGCGCGUCGCGGGUGGUCUACAUGGACGGGAAGCGCGACGGCGCCGCGGUCAUCGCGAACAAGUGCGAGGCCGCCAUCGCCUUCGCCAGGCCGUCGCGCCUCGUGCCCCGGGGCUUCUACGCGCGGG